AUGGCUUUUCCAGUCUUCAUUAACCUCUCAACGACCAAGCUCUCCGCCGCAACUACUUUCUAUGAAACAAUGGGCUUCAUAAAACAUCCCUUCUUCAGUUCCGAACAUGGCCAUGCGAUGGUCCAUUCCCGCAACCACGACAUCGUGGUCAUGAUUUCCAGUGCGGACCACUUCCAGAAAUUCAUCCCUGCCUCACGGCGAACCCCAGAAACAACCAUUGACGAGGUUUCCAAGAACGUGGUACUCCUCGGCUUGCCUGCUAAAAGCAAGCAGGAGGUUGACGAAUUGGUUGAGAGGGCCGCGAGUGCGGGCGGGAAAGCAUUUCCUGCCGUCAAGAUGGAAGGAUGUGAUGAAAGCAUGAUGUACACGCGGGCGUUUGCUGAUUUGGAUGGGUAUUUGUGGGAGAUGGUUUGGUGCGAGGAGGGCAUGGUCAAGAUGGCUGAUGAAGCGUUGUCGAAGAGAAUAGAGGAAUUGGAGAAGAAGAGUGAUGCUUGA